AUGCCGACGGCGGCAAGAUGUCGUUCCUGGAACACCUGGACGAACUGCGCACGCGCCUGUUGGUCUCGGUCGCGGCGCUCUUCGUCGGCUUUCUCGGGGCAUUCGCCUUCAUCUCGCCGAUCUUCGAGUUCAUCAUGCGGCCGCUGCAGGAAAUCCUGCCGAACGACGGCCGCCUGGUGUACACGGAGCCGACCGAAGCGUUCUUCCUGUACAUCAAGAUCGCCGCGUUGGCCGGCCUGGUGCUGGCCGUCCCGAUCAUCCUUUACCAACUGUGGCGCUUCGUCGCGCCGGGGCUGUACGCCCGCGAGAAGCGGUUCGCCAUUCCGUUCGUCAUGCUCGCCACGUUCUUCUUCGUGGGUGGCGCCCUGUUUUCGCACUACCUGCUGUUUCCGUGGGCCUGGAGCUUCUUUGCCGGGUUCACGACGGACUACAUGCAGUUCUUUCCACGCAUCCAGCCGGCCUUUUCGCUGUAUGUCAAGCUGCUGCUGGCCUGCGGCGUGGUGUUUCAGAUGCCGACGGUGGUGUUCUUUCUUGCCAGGGUCGGCGCGGGAUCACGCCCCGCUUCCUCGUGCGGAACACGAAGUACGCGGUGCUGCUCAUCUUCAUUUUCGCGGCCGUGCUCACGCCGACCGGCGAUCCGGUGACGCUGACGAUGAUGGCGGCGCCGAUGAUUCUGCUCUACGGCCUGAGCAUCGUGAUCGCCUGGGUCUUCCGGCGGCGCGAAACAAACUAAUAUGGCGUAGUUGA